AACAUUAGUGUAGAUGAUUUUAGAUAUUAAUUAAUGUGAUUUAAUAAUCAAUAUUUGUAGACAUAUUAAUUAGUAAGAGUAUGGAUUGGCGGGUCUUCUUUGUUCUUAAACAUAAAGGUCUAAAAAUGGUAAAAUCCUUGACAAGUAUAGCUGGUCUUGCCUGUGUGGUGGUGGUGGUGGUGGUAACUGCUCUCUUCAUCUUUAUUGGUCUUUGUAUCUCACUGCUAUAUUUGGGGGACACCCUUUUGUAUUUUUUUCACUUUUAGACAUUUUUUUGGGGACUCUUUUAGUCAAAUUUGGUAACCAGCUUUAAAUUCUUUGAUUCUUAAUUUUUAUUUUAUUUUUUUUGGUGGGUUUUCUUUGGAUUUUUUCAUUGCUUUUGUUUUGAUCAAGAUGAGUUUCAUAAACUUCUUUUUUUUUUCUUUUUUUUUUCUGGUGAGUUUUACUGUCCUUUUCAAUUUCUUGUUGUUCUUUGUUCUUCUAGGUUUUAUCCUUUUUUUUUCGGGGUAUGGAUCAUAUGUUGUUAGUUUUGUUUUAGACAAGAAAUAUGGGGUUUGACUGUCAACAGAAUCGUUGUCUUGUUUGUUAGGUCUUCUGGUCUCAUAAUUAAUUUUUGAGAUGAUUGGAUUGGAGUCACUGAGCAUUUACAAGUUUUUCCUUUUUGGUGCACCGUUAUUUUCCUUUAUUGAGCUAGAUGUUUUAUUGUUUGUGGUAGAUUCAAAUAAAUGGAGUUAACCAUUAUAAAUGGUAUAUCUUGUUUUGCUUUUAGUCACAUGGUGUUCUUGCUGUUGUUGUUAAUGUGAAACGAUAUGGGCAUGGUUUUGAUUAGAUUUGGAUAACCUUAAUCAUCUGUUUGAUCAUGUAAUAUUCAUGUGUUAUGUUGUUUUGAAGAAUUGGCUUCUUUUUAGCGGAAUGAGCUGGUAGGUGGCCAUUUCUGUGGAGAAAUUUUCUAUUUUUGUGUAUGGGAUUGAUUAACUUACUAGGUAAACAUUGUCUUGUUUCUCUUAAUUGACGUUGUUAUCGUAAACUUACCAUUUGUUGUAUGAUCAAUUUGACUUGUGCAGCCCCUACUUGUCGUGUUUCGCAAAUCAUUUGUCAACUUUUUGUUUGUCGUACAUAAUUGAUUAACUUCUUAAUUCUAGGUUUUAUGUUAAUGAUUGUUUGGCUUGUUUGGUAGGUGAAAUUGUUUGCCAUUGGAAAUUUGUUGGCAAGUUACAAACAUAAGAUUCUAUUCCUAGAUAUCAUGCGAUCUCGUAGUUAAUGCAUUCUCAAAACAUUGUUGAUAGAUGGUAAAUCUGAGUUGGGUUAAAUAAUCAAUAAGGAACCUUCCAUGGGGUUUAAAACGGGGUAAUGGUGCAUGGCUUCAUUUACUGCAUGGUUGAGAGUUAGAAAACGCUGCAUGGUCGCUAAUGUAAGUUUUUAUCAUGAGCCUUUGGCCUACCAGAUGUGACAGAGAAAUUAAAGUGUCUAAUGUAUAUGUGCUUCUAAGAGACGGAGAAAGAGAUAGAGCCGCAGAUUUUGGCUGUGCUGCAUCAUCUUGUUACCUCUUAUUAUGUUAGAUGGACAUUCAUGGACCUAGUUACUGCAAUCACUUUGUGAAGCAACUUUCUGCCCUCAAUAUGGAGCUAUUUGCCUGGUUUGUUUGACAGGGUUGUCUUACAAUUACCUGCCAGUCUGUGUUUUGGGGUAGAGGCACCCUUCUGUGAAAAUUAAUAAUGCAAGCAUACCCACGAGAAUGAUAAUUUCCUAGGACAUCUUCCAUGAUCAGUGACAUAGGUUUUGUAGUAUUCUAACCUUUCCCCCUUUUGUAAUAGCAGUUUAAGAUAUAUCCAAUUUAAUUUUGUUAGUUACCAUGGUUUAAGAUACAUCCAAGUUCAUUUCUGUUAGUUACUUCUGCAUUUCCACUAUCAUGAUAAAAUGUGCACCUUGUCUGCUGUUUCUUAUGUUUCCAAUAUUUUUAGCAUUAAAUUUGAGCAGCAAUGUUUGUAAAAGGUGUUUGUUUUUCAGGUAGAGCAAAGAGACGACACCGGUCCUGCUGACAAGUGGUGUCAACUUCCUUUUCAUCAAGGGGGCAAUCAGGUCUUUCUAGUUUUGCGAGUAGCUUAAAGGUGCUAUCUUAACAACACUUAUGCUCAAAUCGGAUGAAUAGUGGGGGAUUGUUGCACUGGAAGCGAAACAUUUCUAUCAGCAUAAUUGGUUUGGAUCUGGAAUUCAGGUGAAUAUGGAUGGUUUGCAACUAGUUUCGAUGCCACCUAGGAAUGCAUUCAGGGCUGAUCGACCUAAAGCACGGAGAGGGCCUCAACCUGAUGUACCUCAUUCCAUUAAGCCAUGCACCAGAGCGUUUCUUGAAACUGGUGCAUGGCAUCAGUCUCAAAAUAAGGGUUCCAAUAAAGCAACUAGAUCAAAUGAGCUCUCUGACUAUCCUGCAUCCCAGAGUUCUGUCACUUGCCCUGAUUUCUAUUAUUCAACCACAAAAGGAUGUAAUGCUCUUAGUUCAUGUGAAGCUUGUAUUGAUAGUUCUAAUGUAGACAAGUCUGCAAAGAAAAAAUGCAAACCAAAAACCAGGAGGAGGGGAAAACAGAACAAGAGAGUUUCAAGUGAUACUGGCUCCACUGAACCUGAAGUUUUAUCUGAGUACGCUCAAGGAAGUUCAACCUCCAAAGGCUGUAGUUAUAAUGAUUUUGGAGAUGAACUAACAUGCUCUGCAACUUCACCAGAAGUUUCACUCAGAGAUGCUAGCAGUAACCAUAUUGAUUUUGAAGGUGAUACUAGAUUUAGCAGUCCUGAAGCCCCAGCAAUAUGCAUGUCAAACAUUGAUGAAGUGGCUAUAGUGGAAACUUUUGAAGCAUUGGAUGUUUCAUCGCCAGAUGGUAGCAGUAGCCAGAAUGAUUUUGAGGUUGAUUCUAUAAUUAGCACUUCGGAAGCAUUGCCGAUCUGCACAUCCAACAUUGUUGAGGUUGCUACAGUGGAGCCCAUUAUACCUUCUAUAGCUCAGAAUUUUCCUGGGGAGCAUCAGAUGAUUAAUUUGGAAAUCACUUUACAGACAAAAGGAGAGGGAUUUUCCCUCUCUGACAUUGGGGUGCAGUGCUCAAGUCAGAUCAGCUGUUGCAAUGAUACACAAUCCAAAGAUUUCUCAUAUGCUUCUGAUUCCUCCUUGGUGUUUGAUUAUUUAUCUAUCGGCUCAAACAGUGAUGAUGGCACUAAUGAUAGUCAUCAUGUAAAAAUAUAUCAUGAAGGUAGCAGCAGAGGUAGUGUUUUAGAAGCACCAGGUUUCAAUUCCAAAAAGGGGUCUUUAUCUCAUAAAAAUUCAUUAAAUGGUGCUGUAGAUACCUAUCACCAAACUGAGGGCUCAAAGCACCGUGGUCAAAAUUUUAGUUGCAGUGACGCACAAUUGCUUAUGUCAGGCAAAAAAGGCAAGCAAAUAAAAACAUUGCCCAGGAGUAGUGCCAGUGCCCACAAAUAUGGAGGUUUUGAAAAUUUGCAUGGCCGGACAGGUAAGGAAAACAACCAUUCUGUGUGGAAAAAAGUUCAGAGGAAUGACACAGCAGAUGAAUGCAGCCCGAAAAUGAAGAUGUCUCAUGCGUGCUUCCUGUCUGACUUGACUUUGAAAGAGGGUCCAUCACUUAAAGGGAACUGUACUCUCUCUGAUGUAAAUUCAUCAUCCAGAACUGAGGGAAAAAAACUGCCAAAAGACAAGGUUACUAAGAAGUUGAAACGAAAAAAUAGUCCAGGUUCCAAACAAGAGUACAGAUGUCAUGGUAGGGGCUAUAGUUCCAACAAGGCCAUCUUGAAUGCACAUGCAAAGACUGGCGUGCAACAGCAUGAAAUAUUUGAUCUCACAGCUCAAGUGAAUGAUAAAAAAGGAGGGAAAUCUAUUUCAAGAACUCAUUCUCUGAAUAGUUGUUUAACUGCUGGAUUCCAUCCCAGCGGAGUUGAAUGCAUGAAUUCAGAAUCAGUUAACAGCACACAAGUUUCCCCAGAUGCAUUACAGCCACUUCAAAGUACUUGUGAUACUGUUUCCAGCACAAGACAUUGCCAUACAGAAAAUGGAGGUAGCUUGCCAGCAAAGUUGUGCAACUCAUUGGAGCAACAUGCGGUUAAGGUGCCUCCAGUUUAUCUUCCUCAUCUUUUUUUUAAUAAAGUUCCCCAACUGGAAAAAGAAGUUACAGUUGCUGAGUACUGUAAGCAAAACCAUAGUUCUGGAACAGUAAUGCAGAAGUGGAUACCCAUUGGGGUAAAAGAUCCUGAAUUGACCACCUCUGCUAGAUUUGGUAAUUCAUCACCUGAUCCUUCUGAUGGACCAGCUGGUGAAGAUCUCACCUUGAGAAAUGUUCAAGACAAAGCCAAUUUUGAUUCUCAAGACCUUGUUUCUUCAUUGAUGUUAGGCACGUGCCAGGAUUCAGGAAAUGCAGUUUGUUUUCCCCAAGAAGAUGACCGCAUUCAAAAGUUGAAGAACUCUACUCUUUGGAUGGAUGAGCUCAACAAGAAGCAUGUAGCAGCUGAUGCUUUAACUAGCGAAUCCUCUUAUCAACAAUUUUCAGCUUUUGAAGACGAAUCAAUAAAGAUAAUACAAGCUGUGAAGGAUACUUGCAGGGUACAGAUGGAAUCUGAAGCUAUUCAGAUGGCCGCUGGUGGUCCAAUUGCCGAGUUUGAAAGAUUUCUUCAUUUAUCGUCUCCAGUUAUUAAUUUUCCCAGUUUAUCAUGCUGCCAGACUUGUUUAGAUGACCGGCUUGUUGGUGCAUCACUAUGCAGACAUGAGAUACCAAAUAUCCCAUUGGGAUGCAUCUGGAAGUGGUAUGAAGAACAUGGGAAUUAUGGUUUGGAAGUAAGGGCAGAAGAAUGUGAGAAUUCAAAUAGCGGGAGCUUUGAUCAUUUUUCAUUUCAUGGCUAUUUUGUUCCCUUUUUAUCAGCAGUUCAAUUGUUCAAAAACCAUUCAAGUCAACCCAUAAACAAUAAGAACAGUGCUCCUGAUCAUGAAAUUUCUGAUACAUAUAAGGCUAGUGAAUCAUCAGAGAACUCUAAUGUUGGUUGUCUUCCAAUAUUUUCUCUACUGAUUCCUCAGCCUCGCACCACAGCUGUAGCUCAAUCAGUUAACUUGACAUGUUCUGAUGGUGCAGAGUUACUCUUUGAAUACUUUGAAUCGGAACAACCUCAGCAAAGACGACCAUUAUAUGAGAAGAUACAAGAGCUUGCUAGAGGUGAUGCGUCUUCUCGUUACAAAAUGUAUGGGGACCCAACUAAUUUGGCCUCUCUGAAUCUCCAUGACUUGCACCCCAGAUCCUGGUACUCGGUGGCAUGGUAUCCUAUAUAUAGGAUACCAGAUGGCCACUUUCGAGCUGCAUUUUUGACUUACCAUUCACUUGGCCAUUUGGUUCAUAAAAGUGCUGAAGUUGAUUAUGCGAGUAAGGAUGCAUAUAUAGUUUCUCCAGUUGUGGGACUUCAGAGUUACAAUGCUCAGGGUGAAUGCUGGUUCCAGCUGCGGCACAGUGUAAACCAGGCAGCAGGAACACCAAUUUCGAACCCUUCUGUAAUUCUGAAGGAGCGGUUGAGAACCCUUGGGGAGACAGCAUCUCUUAUUGCCAGAGCUGUAGUAAACAAGGGAAAUCAGACAUCCAUAAACAGACAUCCUGAUUACGAGUUCUUUCUUUCUAGGGGACGAUAUUCACUUCCAUAGAUUUUGAGGUUGCCACUCUCCGGAGUAGUAGUCUCUUAUGGUUACCGAUCUAGCUCCAUCCAUGUAGCAUAUGAGAUAAAGCUGCUAAUCUAGUUCCAUCCGUGUAGCAUAUGCCUCUUGGCAUGAAUUCCAGUUUCUUCUUAGGAAAUCCUGUAGUGCUGAUUACUGAUCUAGUUGUUUGUUAAACUUGCUGUAAAUAUUCUAGUUGUUUGUUAAACUUCUGGAAAUAUUUGUUUCAGUUUUAGUUGAAGUUCUUGAAA